GAAUCAACAUCGAAUUCAUUUAUUCGAUAUUAUGAAGAUUUACAAAUUUCUAGCAGCUUUGAAAGUGAAUAUAAUAGCGAUAAUAGCUUAAACAACUGUAUAUCAAUAGAUAAUUUAAACGAUAAUGAUAUACUUGAAGAUGGUUUAGAAAAUAAAAAUAACUAUGAGCAUCAACCAACAUUUGCCAAAUUUGGUCGAACACUAACUAUCGAUCAAGUUGAAUAUUAUCUUGAAUUUCAGGAAUAUCUGAAGACUUCUUUAACGGGUGUAGCAAGUGUUUAUAAUGUUUCAGGCUGGAAUUCUGAUGAUGCUAAAGAAACAUUUGGAAUUUCCAAUAUCCAAUAUGCUCAUAGAGAUCCUGGCAAUAUUCGAUCUAUUAAAAAAUAUCUAUUCUUAGGUGUACCAGUUCAAAAAACUUAUCAAUCAUAUCAUAGUGUAAAA